AUGGCGGCCUCCACUUCCCUGCUGACAGUUUCCAAGGCCUUCAUCGAAUCCCCGCCAGUGCGGUCGUUCCCUUCUCCAGCUUUUUCUCUCCGGUUUGGCUCUUCCCAACGCUGUCUGUCUGUUUCCUCGCGGAAGAGUGCCGCCCUCGGUGUAUCGGCCGUGGCCAAGAAGUGGGAGCCGGCUAAGGUUUGCGCCCGGUUUCCUGCAUUCUGUUGUUUUUUGUCCCUUUUUUUUUCUUCUCUUUUCUGUAAUACCUCGGUCGUUUGCUCGGUUUGCAGGUAGUUCCGCAGGCUGACAGGGUCCUCAUACGUCUCGAGGAGUUGGCUCAGGUCUGGUAUCUAUGUCCUAUGUCAAAUCCCGACCACGCUCUCCUCUCUAUUCAGUAUUUUGGGGUCUCAUUGAUUGAUUUUUUUUUUAUAAGUGUUUAGCAAUUAUGUACGUUGUAUUUAGAAUGGCUUGUUUCAUUACUUCUGAGAAGGAACAAAUGCAAUACGUGAUACCAAAUUAGGAGAUUGAUGCUAAAUUUCAUAUGGCUAUCUACGGGUAGUAUCGUCUUUGGUAUUUCAUGUGGAGAGGUAGUCUGGAAAAUAUAGAUUUCAUUGACAAUGUUAUUCUGUCAGAUUUCUGUAUAAGAAUUCAGUCAAAUGUAAAUGAAAAACUGAAAGAGUUUCUCGUCCCGCAUGCCUUACUUAUGUUAAACGCUUGCUUUUUUGUGGUAAUUCUUAUUCAGAGUCAACCAACCUUGUGCUAGGUGAUUCACGGCCAGGGAAUAAAUAAUGAGGUUGUGAAUUAACGUUCACAGGAUAUAUCAUUUAGAACAAGAACAAAUAUUUUAGAUAAUGUGGGCCGUCUGCUGUGAUACCCUUGGGAAUUUGGAUCAUAGAAUCUAUAUUCCGUACUAUGAUAUUAAAGUGUGAUACAGGUUUACUUUACUGUCUUAUUUGUCGAGUGAUUUUUCCCUAUCAUCAAUCCGCUGCCAUCUCUCUCGUUCUGUGAAGAAACGCAGCUUGGUUUUGUGAACAUGGGCAUGUACUUUCAAAUUAGAUCUUGGUCAUGCAAGUUUCAUCAUAAUCAUGAAAAUUUUCAAUCAAACGGUGCCCAAAAGAAAUCUAUUCCUUCCCUAUCAUCUACUGACAGUCAUCUCUCUCAUUCUGCUGAAGAAACAUAGAUUGGCUUUGUGAACAUGAUCAGUUUUAAUUGGAUCAUGGUCAUGCAUAUGUCAUCGUAAUCAUAAAGAAUUUCAGUCAAAAGCUGCGCAAUCGAAAUCUAUCCCAGUGGUUAACGCAGAAUAUGCUGGUUACCAGUGGGUUUUUUUUGUGUUUUUUUAUCGCAUCGCUGAAUUUUAUGCGAUUUAGGGGAAGCUAUGCGAAAGAGUUUAGACAAAGAAUAAGAAACCUAUCUCAGUCACAAAACUUUUGUUGGUGAAUACUAGAACACAGUGAUAUGGGAAGGUUAUGGGUUGGUAGCACUGAAUAGUAACUGAUGUCUUGCUUAACACGCAAAUUAAACUGGUGAAAUCUUAUACUCCUGGGUUUUGAUGAGGGCAAAUAGAGGUGUUUACUUGAAUAUAAGCAUACUCUGGAACCUCAUAUGUUCAUUGAAACUCGCGUCAAAGAUAGAGUAUAGUAUUUCAUAAAGGACUAUUUAAUCCCCACCAUGUUUGAGAUAAAAGUUUAUGCUUGAACACUUUUCAGCGGUUGAUGGAUUCAGUUUUUUCGGUGCUUUUAAACAUGUAACCUGAAUUUAUACUUUAAUUUUUACUUUGGGAUAAAAGUUAUACUUGAAUUUGUGCUCGCUGAGGUUCUAGUUGUUCUUACUUUAGAAAUACCUUUUUUAUUUUCACUGUGCAGACAUCUGCCGGAGGAGUUUUGUUGCCGAAAUCUGCAGUCAAGUUUGAACGAUAUUUAGUUGGCGAGGUGAGCAUGUAGUGGAGAUUCACUCUGGUUGGAGUUGUACCCUUUAUUCUGCGUAUCUGUGGGUUUCUUAUGGUUUUCUUCCUUUUUCAACAGGUUCUCGCUGUGGGUUCUGAUGUGGGCGAAGUUGAAUCUGGAAAAAAGGUACUGACAUAUCACCCAAUAUAACGUGAAUUUCAGCAUACUCUAAAUGUUAAUUUAUCUUUCUCAUAUGAUCCUUCUUGAUUCGGCAAGCCAAACUCUCUCUCCCUGAUCAAGAGUAUUAGAUAAUUUUUCGUCAUUAUUUUUGGAGAUUUUUUUUCUGCCCAUCAAUUGCUCAUCACUUUAUUAUAAUUUGCAUGCAAUUUUUAUAUGCUAUUUUUCAAGGAGUAGAGCAGAUUCUUAAACCUCAAUUAAUGUUAAAUCCCCGAUUAAUUUGGGCAUAAAAUGCAUUCUUUCUCUAUUCAUAUAUCUGAAGCUGGUUUUAUUGAACCAAGACGGCGACAUGUUCGAAGCAAUAGUCACCAUAUGGGCCAGCACCUGAUUUUUAUUCAAUUUGCUGAUAUACUUGUAUGCCCGCCAACUGAUGUCUCUUCUCAUCCAUGGCGCAGGUCCUCUUUUCAGACAUAAACGCUUAUGAGGUGAGCAGACAAAUCCCCAAUUCAGUACAUUUUUAAUGCUUUUUCGAUACAGAACUAAUACUCAGACCACCAUAUGAAUGAUCCAAACAUACGUUGGCACACCACACCAUUUUCUUCAACAGCCAAUACGGACUCUUCUGUAUUAAAAUGACUAUGUAAAUUCUCUAUUGGGUGACUGAUUCGCUCUAUUGUUGGACUAGAACUAUGGAUUAGCUGAGAAGGGCUCAGUAGAUUCACUCAUCAACCCAUUAAGUGAGAUGAAUCAAGUAAAAAUGAUAUUGGAUGGACGAUACUGAUUCCCUUGCUAAUGGUUUUGAAAUCUGGCUGUGUAGGUGGAUCUUGGGUCAGAGGGGAGACACUGCUUCUGCAAGGCGGCUGACCUGUUGGCAGUGGUCGAGUAG